AUUUCAUUUGGAUUCCUUCAUCGAGCAGGGGGUUGGACUCGAUGGCCUUAUAGGCCCCUUCCAACUCUACAAUUCUCUGAUUCUAUUUUAUUUAUGCAAAGUUACAGUCUGGAUUUAAUUUAGAUUUCUGCAUUCAGGUAUCCUUUAAUUUGGAUUUCCUGGAUCGAGCAAGAGAAUUGGACUCGGUGGCCUUCCCUUCCAACUCUACUAUUUUCUGACUCUACUUUAUUUACGCAAAGUUACAGUUUGUAUUUAAUUUGCAUUCCUGUAUUGAGCAGAGGGUUGAACUCGAUGGCCUUACAGGCCACUUCCAACUUUUACCAUUCUCUGAGUAUGAUUCAAAGCGGUAGAUAUAACAAAAUGUGUCCCCCCCCCUCCACACACCCUUAAAAGUUCCAGGUCCGUGUAUCUAGGUUUUAUUCCUCAGGAAACAUGGUCAAGGUCGGCUUCCCGGUUGGACGCUAGUGCUUGCUCUUCUCAGGAUGGCGGCACCUGUGAGAGAAUAUCGUAAGGCGCUCAGGGAUAUGGAGCUCCCUGGUGGAGCAGCCCUGUACGGGAACUUCCCCAGUUACUCUCGCUUCCACCCACCGGAGGGACGCAUCCGACUCCUGCCCGCCACUUUGCUGAGCAGACUGUUCCCCAGUGUGCUUCCAAGGCCCCUUUUGGGGCUGGAUGUGGGGUGCAAUUCGGGAGAGCUCAGCGUCGCCCUCUACAAGCACCUCCUUGGGCUUCAAGAGAGCAGAGCUAGCCAAGAGCACUGGAACGACCUUCACCUCCUCUGCUGUGACAUUGAUGCCGGGCUCAUUGAGAAAGCCGAGCAACGGAGUCCCUUCCCGGCAUCAAUUUGCUAUGCCACCCUCAAUAUCAUGGACCCCAAUGCAAGAGAGACACUGCUGAGCUCCUACUUGACAAGGUUUGGCCGCUCCACAUUUGAUAUUUGCUUCUGUAUGUCUGUGACCAUGUGGAUCCACCUGAAUCAUGGGGACAGCGGUCUGGUGAUGUUCUUGUCCUGCCUUGCCUCUAAAUGUACAUACUUGCUCCUUGAACCCCAGCCAUGGAAAUGUUACCGGGCGGCUGCCCGGCGCUUGCGGAAGCUGGGCAGGCACGACUUUGACCACUUCCGAUCGCUCACCAUCAAUGGGAACAUGGCAGACAGAAUAACCCAGAUCUUGACAACAGACUGUGCCAUGGAACUGGUGUCUUGCUUUGGAAGCACCAACUGGGACAGGAGACUCUUGCUGUUUAAAUCAAAAGAGAGUGAACUUCCGCUGUGAUUAAGGAUUGUAUUGGUUCGGAGAGAAAGUGCUGCAUUCUGGGCAGGGCUGUCUGUUAUCUACAGUUCUGAUUGGGCUGAAAAUAGGGAUUUUCAAACUUUCUGUUCCAAAGGCACCCUUGAAAAGUACAAAAAUUACUGAGGCCCACCAGUCACAAAAUGGCAGUGCAAGGGUGCAGCCAGUAAGAAAAUGGGGGUGGAUGGAGGCAGAGUUCAUCCUAAUCAGGUGGCAAUUAAUGACAUGAUUUUCUGUUGAUAUCUAAUUCCUUGUAGGAAAUUGCCAAAUACAACAGUGAUUUCCUUAUGGCAAGGAGACGUAGUUCCAUAGUUCAGAUUUCUUAAAGUUAAGCACAGAUAGUGGCUCUGAAUGUAUUGUGACAGCCUCCCCAUUUUAGGGGAAAAAGACAAAUAAUUGGGUGUUAGAACAAAUUAAACCAGAACUGUCACUAGAAGCUAAAAUGAUGAAA